GCGCUCAUGUACGUGUAGCGUGACGUCACACUCUCGCAAGAUGAGGCUUGUGACGUCUGAAUUCGCUGUCCGGCAGGAGUCGAGACCCUAGACAUUUAUGGUGCUGCGGGACAUUUAAAUAGCGAUCCGGGACUGCGGGCUGUGCUAGGAAAAAGCGGCACUGUCUCGGGAGAAGCGGAACGGGUGUGUGGUUGUUGUGAUGGCAAAUGUUAGUUCAGAUCUUGAUAACAUGGAAGUGCAAACACCCCCCAAUAAUAACAAUCGAUGGGAACAAACAGAGCGUCCAUGGGAUGAGCCAGCAGCCACAGGGAAGCUGUUUGAAUGUUCACGAAUUAAAGCUCUGGCAGAUGAACGUGAUGCCGUCCAGAAAAAGACUUUCACUAAGUGGAUAAAUUCUCAUCUUUCCAAAGUGCCAUUGCGUGUUAAUGACUUGUACACUGACCUCCGAGAUGGCUACAUCAUCACCAAACUGCUUGAGGUGCUAUCUGGAGAGCAGUUGCCUAAACCCACUAGAGGUCGGAUGCGAAUUCAUUAUCUGGAGAAUGUGGACAAGGCACUGCAAUUCCUAAAGGAGCAACGCGUGCACCUGGAGAAUGUUGGAUCUCAUGAUAUUGUUGAUGGAAAUCACCGCUUAACUCUAGGCCUUAUCUGGACCAUCAUCCUCCGCUUUCAGAUCCAGGUUAUAAAGAUAGAAACAGAGGACAGCCGCGAGACAAGAUCAGCAAAGGAUGCCCUUCUCCUUUGGUGCCAAAUGAAGACAUCUGGAUAUCCGGAAGUCAAUAUCAAGAACUUUACCACCAGCUGGAGAGAUGGGCUUGCGUUUAGUGCUCUGAUUCACAGACACAGACCAGAUACUAUAGACUUCAACAAGCUGACCAAAUCAAAUGCCACAUACAACCUUCAGCAGGCAUUUAAUACUGCUGAACAACAACUGGGCCUUACCAAACUUUUGGACCCUGAAGAUGUCAAUAUGGAGCAUCCAGAUGAAAAAUCCAUCAUCACAUAUGUGGUAUCUUUUUAUCACUACUUCUCCAAGAUGAAGGCACUAGCUGUGGAAGGCAAGCGGAUUGGCAAGGUACUUGACAAGGCUAUUGAGACUGAGAAAGAUAUCAUCAGGUACGAGGUAUUGGCUUCUGAGCUCUUGGAAUGGAUUGAGAGAACAAUAUCCAUAAUCACCAACCAGAAAUUUGCUAACUCACUGCUGGGUGUUCAGCAGCAACUCCAGGUCUUCACUACCUACUGUACCACUGAAAAGCCCUGCAAGUUCCAGGAAAAAGGAAAUUUGGAGGUUUUGCUAUUUAGUAUUCAGAGCAAGAUGAGGGAAGAGAAAUGUAAACUUUAUGUCCCAAGUGAAGGCAAAAACAUUUCUGACAUCAAUAAGGCCUGGGCAAACUUGGAGAAAGCAGAGCAUGAGCGGGAAGUAGCUUUGCGUAAUGAACUCAUCCGUCAGGAGAAACUGGAGCUGCUUUCUCAACGCUUUGAUCAGAAAGCUUCCAUGAGGGAGGCAUGGCUAACUGAGAACCAGCGCCUGGUUUCCCAGGAUAACUUUGGUUAUGACCUCCCUGCCGUGGAGGCUGCAAUGAAGAAACAUGAGGCGAUUGAAGCUGAUAUUUCCUCAUAUGAAGAACGAAUACAGGUAGUGGCUGAUCUGGCUCAAGAGUUGGAGGCUGAGGGAUAUUAUGAUAUCUGUAGGAUUUCUGCCCAAAAGGACAACAUACUACGUCAGUGGAACCUUCUUAAGGACAUGCUGAACUCCCGAAGAGGGAGGCUGGAGCAGAACUUGUCCUUGCAGAAAAUAUUCCAGGAAAUGGUUUAUAUGAUUGACUGGAUGGAUGAAAUGCAGGUCCCUUUAUCUUCCAAAGACUUUGGAAAACACUUGUUGGAAGUGGAGGACCUGCUGCAGAAACACUCUUUACUGGAAGCUGACAUUGCUGCUCAAACUGAGAGGGUUAAUUCUCUGAACCAAGCUGCCCUCAAAUUCACUCAGAUGACUGAUUACCAGCCCUGUGACCCUCAGGUCAUUUGCAACCGUGUGGAACAUGUCAAGAGUUGCUUAGACAGUCUGCGCCAGCUAGCUGAGAAGCGCCGCGGGGAACUGGAGGAGUCACGUCGCCUGUGGUGUUUUCUGCAGGAAGUGGAGGAGGCUGAAGGCUGGAUCUGUGAAAAAGAACAUAUCUUGUCUGCACCACAGAGCUAUGGAAAGGAUCUAAGUAGCGUUCUUCGUCUUCUAAGUAAACAUAAGAUCUUGGUAGGGGAACUAAGAGGCAGGCAUGCCAUGUUACAACAGACCCUCCAGAAGGGAGAGCAGGUGCUUUCCAAGAGACGAAAAGGAAUGUCUGGGCUUCGUCAGCGAAUGGAGCAGGUGAGACUUAAGUGGGAAAACCUAGAGAAGGCAUGUGAUAACCACCAGCAGAAGCUUCAGGAAGCUUCCAGCUUCUACCAGUUCAGCGCUGACACAAUGGAGUUAGCAGGUUGGCUGCAGGAUACUUACCGCUUAGUCUCCAGUGACGACUUUGGUCAUGAUGAGUACUCAACACAAUCCUUGGUAAAGAAACACAGAGCAGCAACUGUGGAAAUCGAGAAACACAAAGUUGCUGUGUUGGGUCUCAGACAGCAACUGUCAGAACUGGGUGCAGAGUAUAGGGAUCAGGUUGACGUGCAGAUUACUAUUGUGGAGGUGGAGCAGCUCUACGGAGAAGUGGUGGAAGUAUCUGCCCUCAGGAACCAAUGGCUUCAAGAUGCCUUGGAUGUUUAUAAGAUGUUUGGUGAGGUAAACUCAUGUGAGGUAUGGAUUGAUGAGAAAGAGCAGUGGUUGAUGAAGAUGGAAAUUCCUCAGCGACUUGAAGAGGUUGAGGUUGUUCAGCACAGAUUUGAGAGCCUAGACCAGGAGAUGAACAGCCUAAUGGGGCGUGUGCUGGAUGUAAAUCAGAUUGUACAGCAGCUUCUUGAGAGUGGUCAUCCCAGUUCUUCUGAGGUUCGUGCUUGCCAGGACCACCUAAACAGCAGGUGGAAUAGAAUUGUGGAGUUGGUGGAACAAAGGAAGGAACAAUUAAGUUCCGUUCUCCGUCUCCAGAAUUAUUUCCUGGAAUGUAAUGAAGUAAAAUCCCAGAUUCGGGAAAAAAGAAGAGCUAUGGAGACUCCACAGUGUGGAAGUGGUGAGCUAGGUGGCGUGUUGUCUCUUCAGAGGAAACUUUCCAGUAUGGAGGCUGCUUUGUUGGCUCUGGAACCCAAACUUGUUCAGCUUCAGCAAGAUGCAGAAAUUCUUGCCACCAGCCAUCCUGCUGAAGGAAUGGAUGUACUUGUGCAUUUUGAGGAAAUCAGUGGAGAAUGGGAUGCCUUAAAGAGGACUCUUCAGGGGUGUGAGGACUCCCUGACAGUUGCCAACAAGCUGCAACAGUUCAUUCAGGACCUAGACAACUUCCUUACUUGGUUGGUAAAAACACAGACAGCUGUGGCUGCUGAAGAACUUCCAUCAAAUUUAACAGAAGCUGAGAGACUUCUGGGACUUCAUGGUUCCCUUAAAGAAGAGAUCAGCCGGUAUGAGGAAGAUUACAACAAAAUUCAGGCAGUCAGUGACCUUUUAAGUCUGGAAGAGGCAGACCUUCCAUAUCUAUCACUGCAGCAAUGGCUACAGAAGUUGGAGGUGGGAUGGAGCAAGCUGCUGCAGAUGUGGGAGAACAGAAGGGAAGUUCUUGUUCAGGCACACAUUUUCCAUCUUUUCCUAAGAGAUGUUAAACAAGCUGAAGCCUGUCUAAACACACAGGAAUCCACAUUGGCUCAUGUUGAGUUGCCAAACACAGUCGAAGGAGUGGAAGCAGCAAUAAAAAAACAUAAAGAUUUUCUGACCACUAUGGAGCUAAAUGUGCAGAAGGUUACAAUAGCAGUGGAGGCCGGAGAGAGCCUCAUACGACUUGGAAAUGUGUUUGCUGAUCAUGUUCAGGAACGGAUCAAUGCCAUCCAAAAGAGGAGCCAGCGUAAUACGGCACUUGCUCAAAAAUGGCUGCAGAGACUGAGAGACCAUCUGCAGCUGCAACACUUUAUCCAAAACUGCAAUGAGCUGGAUGCCUGGGUCCAUGAGAAAACGCUGAUGGCUCGAGAAAGCUCGCGGGAUCUGUCUCAGAAACCCCAUAAGAAAUGGCUAAAGCACCAGGCUUUUAUGGCUGAGCUCUCACAGAAUAAAGGUUGGCUUGAGAAGAUAGAAAAGGAAGGUCAACAGCUAAUCCACGAAAAGCCAGAGUUGGCUGGAGUGGUGAAAAAGAAGCUUGAGGAGAUUCGACAGUGUUGGGUUGAACUGGAGUCAAGUACCCAGUCCAAGGCCCAGCAACUUUUUCAAGCCACAAAGGCAGACCAUGUGAUGCAGAACUACUCAGAACUCGGCAAAAGGUUAUACCAUUUAGAGGAACAGUUACAGCCAAUGGAUUCAGUACCUGAUGUUUCCAGUGUUAACACUCAACUAAAAAAGCUUGAGACAAUGGAAUCACAAAUGGAAGAGUGGUACAAUGAAGUUGGAGAACUGCAAGCACAGAUUUCCUCUCUUCCUCUGGAAGUGGCAAGUCAAAAGGCAGUGGAAGAGAAGCAGAAUGAGGUGGGAACCAAAAUGGUUCGCCUGAUUGAGCCACUGAAGGAGAGGAGAAGGAUUCUUUUGGCUUCUAAAGAGUUGCAUCAGGUUACUCGAGACCUGGAGGAUGAAAUUUUCUGGGUGCAAGAGCGACUGCCUCUUGCAACUUCAAAGGAACAUGGGAGCAAUCUUCAAACUGUGCAGCAACUCAUCAAGAAAAACCAGAACCUGCGACGGGAGAUUCAGGUGCACUCCCCUCGGGUAGAUGAUAUUCUCGAAAGGGCAGGGGCAAUAGCCAGCAUUCGAAGUCCAGAGGCAGAGGGAGUGCGUCUUGGGUAUGAGAGCCUCCAGGAGAUGUGGAAUGUGCUAAGAGAGGAGACAGAAAGAAGGCAGCAGCUACUCGACAUUACCUACCAGGUGCAACAGUAUUAUUUUGAUGUAGGAGAAGUGGAGACCUGGCUGAGCGAACAGGAACUUCUUAUGAUGAAUGAUGAGAAGGGGAAGGAUGAACAGAGCACUCUGCAGCUCCUUAAGAAACACCUCAUGCUGGAACAGACUAUUGAGAAUUAUGAGGAGACAAUAGCUCAGCUCUCUAGACAGUGCCGUACCCUUCUGGAUCUAGGACACCCAGACAGCGAGCAGAUAAGUAAGCGUCAGUCUCAGAUUGAUCGGCUCUACGUGUCUCUGAAGGACCUGGUGGAUGAGCGGAAGGGACGCCUGGAGCAGCAGUAUUGGCUCUUCCAGUUAAGUCGUGAGGUGGAUGAGCUGGAGCAAUGGAUAGCAGAGAAAGAAGUGGUGGCUGGAUCUCCAGAGCUUGGACAGGACUAUGAGCAUGUGACUCUUCUUCAGGAGAAAUUCACAGAGUUUGCCACUGAGAUAGGCAUCAUUGGACAAGAACGCAUCUCUGCAGUAAAUCAGAUGGUGGAUGAGCUCAUUGACUUUGGCCAUUCAGAUGCAGCUAUUAUUGCAGAAUGGAAAGAUGGUGUUAAUGAGGCUUGGGCUGAUCUGCUGGAAUUGAUGGAAACCAGAUCUCAGAUGUUGGCUGCUUCUCAUGAGCUGCACAAGUUUUUCAAUGACUGCAAAGAAGUGUUAAGUCAAGUUGAGGAAAAGAAGCAGAGGUUGCCUGAAGUAAAGGCCCAAGAAGCCAAGUUAUCUGCUGGAUCCUUGCAAAGGAUACUCAGCUCUUUUGAACAUGAUAUUCAAGUUCUUGUUACUCAGGUACGUCAACUGCAGGAAAAUGCAGCUCAACUGCGCACUGUUUAUGCUGGUGAAAAUGCUGCUGCUAUUGUGACUAGUGAGCAGGAAGUAAUGCGAGCAUGGAAAGAGCUUCUGACAUCUUGCGAGGACUGCAGAUUGCAAAUAACUAGUACCAGUGAUCGUAUUAAUUUCCUCAAUCUUGUGAGAGACCUGAUUUCCUGGAUGGAAAGCAUUACUUGCCAGAUUGGCACAGGAGAAAAGCCCAGAGAUGUGUCAUCUGUGGAAGUCUUAAUGAGUUACCAUCAAGGGGUAAAGAGUGAGAUUGAGGCAAGAAACAAGAGGAUUUCAGACUGUGUGGAGCUUGGAAAGACCCUGGUCCUGAACAAGAGACCAUCUUCAGAUGAGAUUAAGCAGAGCUUGGACAGGUUAAUGGCAAAGAAAAAGGAAAUGUUGGAAAAAUGGAACAAACAUUGGGAGUGGCUUCAACAAAUGUUGGAGGUUCACCAGUUUGCCCAAGAAGCUGGAGUAGCAGAUGCCUGGCUGACUGCUCAGGAACCUAUUGUUAAAAGCCCUGAGCUUGGCAACAGUGUGGAUGAGGUGGAGCAGCUCAUCCGAAGACAUGAGGCCUUCCGCAAAACAGCUGCAGCUUGGGAGGAGAGGUUUAGUUCGCUGAGACGCCUGACUACAUUGGAGAAACUAAAAGCAGAGCAAAAUAAGCAGCCUGCAACACCUCUUCUUGGCCGGAAAGUUUUUCCAGACACAACUGAUUAUUCUACUCGCCCUUCCCCUCUUUCACAUCAAACCAUAUAUGAGAAUUCUGAGACAAAAUUGGAUCAAAAAGAAUCUCUUCCCAUCCCUGAUGGGGGUCAACAGGAGAUCCGAAGGGUAAGAACUGACAAGGGAGAGACACGGGUUGGAUAUGCUCGACAGGAUAUAAAGCCAGAACAUCUACAGCCAAAGAUGGACCAUGUGGAGACCAAGGUAGUAGAUAAACCAUUGCCAACGCAUGAUGUAGAAAGGGCAGAGAAGUCUGAAAUCAAAGUUGCACAGGGAAUGGCUAGCCUGACUGUGGAAAAACCAGAAAUCAAGGGAAGUCGUCAUCAAGAGAGGAGGAGGGACAGGCAUGAAAGAAGAUUGGAACGGCAAGAGUCUAGUGAGCAGGAACCCCCAAAACAAGAGCCACCAGAGAGAAGGCGAGAUCGUCAUGAGAAGCGAUUGGAGAGGCAGGCAUCCAGUGAGCAGGAAACCCCUAAACAAGAGCAGUCUGAGAGGAGAAGAGACAGGCAUGAGAGGAGAACAGAAAGACAGGAUACAAUCGAACAAGACAAUACAAGGACUGAACCCGAGAAGCAAGUAGGAAAAGCUACUUUGGCAGAUAUCGUGGAGCAGCUACAAGAGAAAGAAGCUUUCCAGAACAGCCCUGGUGGCCGAGAUUCUCCUGCCCGUUUAGCCAAUGGGGUAGAUAAACUUCCUGAAAGAACAACAAGACCAGAUCGUCCACGGGCCAGAGAUCGCCCAAAGCCAAGGAGAAGACCUCGACCCAAAGAUCCUAACCAACCUCCUGGUGAGGCACGAAGGUCACGUUCAGCCCCAGCACAGAGCAGUGCUCCUCCUCCACCACCUCCCACCCACACUGUUCAACAAGAAGGAUAUCUGUUCAGGAAACAUGAAUUGGAUGGGCCAAGUAAAAAGGCUUCAAAUAGGUCAUGGGUAAAUCUUUACUGUGUAUUAAACAAAGGAGAUAUCGGGGUCUACAAGGAUGCAAAGAGUCAGAGCUCAGGGGCCACACAUGGUGGUGAGCCCCUACUGAACUUGCUUGGAGCCUCCUGUGAGGUAGCCAGUGAAUACAAAAAGAAGAAAUUUGUGUUCAAACUCAGGUCAACAGAUGGUAGGGAAUCCCUCUUUCAAGCAAAAGAUGAGGAGGAGAUGAAAAACUGGAUUACUGCGAUAACCACAUGUGUCUCAGAACAUGCAGAGAUUGCCCGGUGGAGCCAGAGUCUUCUCACUACCUCGUCCACCGAUGAAAGUAACAUAAAGCGUGAGUCUGACCGUAGACCCAGUGGAGGUGGUCGGAAAAAGUGAAAACAGUGAGGAACAUUCCACUGCUAUUCCUUCUGCCUUUGGUGAGACCUGGAGAAGACAACAAGCAGAAUUAAUCUUUUCCACACAUGCACAGCUAGAUUUCUGCCAUAGUUUGGGACUAAACCUUUAUGUCUAUGCAUUGCCCGGAUUAUUUUGUCCUGCAACCUCAAGUCUAAGGGUUUACAAAUGGUUGCUUAUUCAUCGGUAAACUUCCAUUCAUGUUCAGUCUUGGCUAUACAGGGGCAGAUAUAUUUAAUACUCUAUAUGGAUCUGAUGAACAUGCAUAACAUAUCUACAGCCAAAUUUUUAUAUACAUAUAAAAAAGCAAUUAGCCAUGCACUGGAAACCAGGCUUAGGUGGGAACAUCAGUUUUGAAACCAUUACUGUAAGAUGAAUCUUCCAGAUAUUGCAUUAAGUCUUUGAGUGGUAACAAUUUCUUUUAAAGGGAGGAUUGUUAGUGGUGAAAAUAAAAGCACACACUCAUUUGAAAGGCAGGGGCAGGGAAACAAAUAUUAAUGCCUGUUUGUAGAUAGGGUUUUUCUAGAGAGAGGCAUAUUAUUGUUAAGGAAUGUUAAAGAGGCUGUUAGCUUUUUAAGUGCAAUAUUUGAGUGUCUGGCACACUAACUAAACCAUCAGUGACAUUUCACUGGUGACUAAAACAUUUGCAGUAUGCAUGUAUCUCAACCCUCUCCUUUGAGCGCAAAGUAGAGCAUUUAGAGAGCAGAUUGGCUGGUCCUUAAAGGCCACAUCUGGUUUUGAGUUUCUUGCUGUGCCCAAUAACAUAACCCAUAGCUGCAAAUCCAUACUGAAGAAAUCACCCUGCAGAUAACAAGGGCUACUGCUUUUGUAGAAAUACAAAUGUAGCUCCACUUAAGAGAGAGAGAACACAGAAGACAGCCAUUCCCUAAACCAAGAUUGGUAAAAAAAAAAAAACUUUAGUUGCAUACUCAAACCAAAUCUGCAUUGUGUUUAGUAUAUUACUAGGUUCUUUGUUGAUUAGUAUGUUCACUAUAUUCAUGUUUUUCUUACCAAAUGCAGAAAACCCUGAAGAUUAGGAAACCUAAAGAAAACACAAGUUAAACAAUCCUGUGUGAUUCAUUACUAACAGAAGUGACUAAGUGUAGUAAACCAUAGCAGCUAGUGAUGAGUUGCUACACUGGAGCAGAUUCCCUUAACCUGUGUUAGUAGAUAAAGGGCUAGAAGAGUCUGAUGCCAGGUGACUGUUACUUAGCAGUGCUAAGCUCGUGUUUAACAGUAGUUAAUAGUUUGGCAGAAAAUCUAGAAUGUUAGUAGGAGUAUAGUUGACAGUGUUUGUAAAUUUAGCAGGCUAUAUUAAUCUCAGUGAAGAGUAAUUCACAGCUGUUCUUUAUAUGCAACUAUAUACACAUAUCUAUGCACAAUCCCUGUAAUAUUAUGUGGAGGUGCCAGCCUUUGUCCAAUCUGUGAUUAGAACUAUAGAAAGGACAAAACACAUGAAAUUAAACUUCUUUCAGUUGAGGGUUGGUUGUUGAGUAGAUGGCAAAAUACAAUUUCCUCUUAGUCUUAAUCUCUGAGCCUGUCCUGAUGCAGAUUUGUUUUGACAGUAUUGAUACACAUCCACUCUAGAAAUAUUCGAUGCAAACCCCAUGAAAUGAAUUUUACAAACAUUUAUUAUUAUUUCCAUGUUAAAUCUCACAGUUCUUUAUUUUUGCGCAGUGUGGAACAGAUAUUCAAGAGAGUCCUUUAGAAUGCCGGCACUUGUAAUGUUUUGUCGUCCGUAGUCAACCUUUGUCAUUGUGGGUGUUUUUUUCCCGGCAGCAUAAAUUUAAAAUGCACAUGGGAAAACAUCACCGUGCUUUCUUAAGUAGCCUCACAAUGCAGCUUUGUACUACUACGCGAUGAAUAUGCUUUUUGGCUAGCAAUUUACAAUUCUGCUGGUGGGAAGGAAAGCAAGGACAACUUUUUGUUGUCCUUGGUAGCACAGAUUUACCGUGGGCAAAAAAAAAACAUCCUGUGUGCCAGUACACUUAGCUGACUACUAAGUAGCAGAUGAGCAGUACAUAAAGGCUGUCACACACCUGCUUGUGCUUCCUGCAUCAUUUGGACAUUGUCCUUUGCUAUUAAGUUCUGAUAGUUUUGCAGCUGAAGCUACAGUAUAUAUAUAUUAUCGUUCUUCAAAGCCAUUUAAGCCCAGGGGGCAACUGGCCACCAUAAAAAUAAACGGCUAUCGUUAGUAAGCAGUUUUUAAUUUUUUUUGUUUUUUUUUUAUAAAUAGCUUUCUGAAAGCCUACACAUUGUUUGUCUGCUCAGUUUGGCUAUAUGGUUCAUGGAAGGAAUGCAUGCUUUAGGGUACAGAAAGUAAUGUUCAUGCAUGAGUAGGUGACAUCCUCUCACACUGGGUAAAAGUUCCCACCUCUGUACAUGGUUUUCUAAAUCAUUUAAUAAAAUGUAUUUUAUUGUACAGAAAAUGCAGAUAUUAGGGAGAAAACCGUAUGUACCCUGCACAGAUAUCAUGAGUUCAAUGAAAACAACUACACAUUAGCAGAGGUCUACAAGCAAUGUCUUGGCUUUAUACCUUUGUGAAAAAUAAAAGGAGGAAAGUCAUUGUA